AUGCCAUCAAGCCCGUGGACCAAACCCGACACAAGCACCCGCCCAAUCGCCGUAGUCGGCGGCGGCGUGAUGGGCCGAAGAAUUAGUAUGAUGUGGAUAUCCUCAGGCUUCACCGUAAUCCUUUGUGAGAAAUCCAGCGAAUCCGACAACGCAGUGGGCUACGUCCAAGAACACAAAGCCGAGCAAGCCGCCAAACAAGGCACGACUCCCGCCGAACUGAAAACAACAACCUCGCUAGAAGAAGCCGUCUCGAACGCAUGGAUGGUCAUCGAAGCCAUUCCAGAGAAACUGCAGAUGAAGAUCGAGAUCCUGGCGGAGAUAGACAAGGUCGCCCCACUGGACUGCGUAAUCGCCAGCAACUCAUCGUCGUUGCGGACUAGCCAGAUGAUCGUCAAGACGGAGAAGAACUACCGCAUCUGCAAUGGUCAUUACUACAUGCCGCCGGACCAGACGUAUUUCGAGGUGAUGUCGUGUGGAUACACUGAUCCUAAUAUCUUUCCGUUUUUGAUGGAGAAGGCUGCUCAGGCUGGGUUCACGCCUGUGCAUGCUAAGGUUGACUCUACUGGGCUUGUGUUUAAUCGCAUUUGGGCGGCGAUUAAGCGUGAGGUUUUGCUUGUUAUGGCUGAGGGUGUGAGUGAUGGGCAGACGAUUGAUGAGAUGUUCAGGAGUUGGUUCAAGGCUGAAAAGGGUCCUUGUAUGAUGAUGGAUACUGUUGGACUGGAUACUGUGUACAAUAUUGAGGCUGUGUAUACGCAACAACGCGAUCUGGACACUACUGCCAUGGAUUGGCUGAAGGAGAAUUAUGUUGACAAGGGCAAUUUGGGCGCCAAACGUGGAAAGGGUUUACUUGGAUAA